AUGCCUACACUAAUUGUAUUCGGAGUUCUACUGCUUGCUGCAGUGAAGACUCAAGCAGAAGAGUCCAUAGAGGUCCGAGGAAAGCGCAGCUGCGGAUGUGCGUCGCUCAUGUCCUCGCCUUGUUCCUGCAGUGUUGGUCCCACCCCGUUCUGCUCAUGCAAGCGGAUCAUGUUGACCCCAUCCUGCUCCUGCGGGGACCCCAUGCAGAUGUCCCACUGCAACAACUUCUGUGUGAAGGCCUGCCAGCCAGUCUGCGUCAAGAGCUGGAUCCCCAUUUCCUGCCCAUCCUUCUGCAGCAGCCACUGCGCACAGUCCUGCAUGCCCAGGCGGAUGAUGAUGCCUAUGAAGAAAAUCACAGCCUACGUCCCCUACGAGUGCCCGAUGAUCUGCAAGAAGUCCUGCCAGAAGAUGUGCUUCCGUCCCAUGUGCAUGUCAAUGUGCCAAAGACCGUGCAUCCAGAAAUGCAUCCUAGCAGCACCUAUGCCACAUGCAGAAAUGUUUGCCGAGCCAGCAUUCUCGAUGCCAAUGUACAGUUCUGGAUGCAUGGAUUCUGGAUGCUUCGAUGACGGUUUCAUGAUAGACCCUUGA